AUGACCUCUGCACUUCAAGGAUGGCAUCCCGGCGAGGCAAUAUUACAGGAGAAAUAUGGAUUCACCGACGCGGUGCGUGGACGUUGGAUGUUGGCUGAGAACUUCAUGCGAGAACAGCAUCGCACCUUCCAUACUUCAAAUCUUCCCUUCAUCCCCAUCACCACCUUUGAUGACCAGGGCAGACCGUGGGGAGGAAUAGUCGCAGGGGCCACGGGGAAAAUCGGUUUCGUGACCAGUCCCGAUACCACCACCUUGAAUGUAGACGCUCGACUUUGGCCUGGAGACCCGCUUUUGAGCACAAUGCAAAGAUGGUUGGACUCCAAAUCUACGCCAGAGACGUCUCUGAUGGCAGGAUUGGGGAUUGAGCUCACCACGCGAAGGCGGAAUAAAUUUGCUGGGCGGAUCAAAGGCGUGCAGUCGCAUUCUGAUUUCGAGUUCCGAAUCAAUUUGGAAAUUCAGGAAACUCUAGGGCCUGCUAUGGAUCCUGCCGAGAGAUUGCCCAGAGAAGCGAUUGACCUCAUCACCGAAGCCGACACAGUAUUCAUCGCUUCCGUAUAUAAAACCGGAGCUUCCCCCGCGACAAAGUAUCCCUCCCAUGCGGGAAUGAAUGCACGCAGUGGACUGCCAGGAUUCACACGUGUUCGCCCGUCUGAUGGGCGAACCGUGGUUCUCCCAGAUUACUCUGGAAAUCGAUUUCUGAUGAGUCUUGGUAAUAUCGAAUCAUCUGGGGUAGUUGGACUCACGAUUGUGUCGUUCACGACAGGUGAUGUGCUCUACCUAACUGGUAAGGCACAAGUUCUAAUUGGAGAGCCCUCGUUCAACAUCAUGGCCAGACAGCCUUCCAUACUUCUGAUGGAGACCACUGGUUUCACUCUGGUUCGUGACGCGUUGCCUCUCCGCCAGGCGCCAGGAAGUGAGGUAGAACGCAGUCCCUACAGCCCAAAAGUCAAAUACCUUCGGGAGGAAGACCCGUCACUUGGGGGUGGACUUGACGGACAUAAAGUGCGGCUGGUCAGUGCUGUACAAGACGCAGAGAAUAUUGCCACUUUGAGAUUUGAGGCCAGUCCGAAACCAGGCGCUAAAGGUUUAGUCAUUGCACCCGGGCAGGCCGUGGUGCUCGACUUCAUGGAUUGGAUUGGCCCCCCAACGUAUCAACACAUGGCAGAUGGAAAGCCAGGGGCGCUGAACGACGAUCGAGUACGUACAUGGACAGUGUCCAGUGCACACGAAGGUGGGCCCACGUUAUGGUUUGAGUUGACCAUGCGUGAAAUGGAAGGCGGAGUCGUGACGGGUGCGCUUUUCCAGAUUCUGCGAAGCCAGCAACCUCUGCCAACGGUCAGUACCAUCGCCGAUAUCGUCGGCGUGACAGGAGACUUCUGCCUAGGUCAGGGAGAAGCAAGAAAUCUCUGGGUGGCUGGAGGGAUCGGCGUGACACCCUUCAUGGCCAUGUUUGCUGCCCUUGUUAAGCGGGGUUCCGAAGCCAAGGGCGACGUUGUACUCGCCCUGGCCUCAAGGGAGCCAAACGUGUCACUGAAGCUCCUCAAGAAAUCUCUGGAUGGCUUACCAGCAAGUGUGAAAGUGCGCGUUGACUUGUUCUCCAAUGAGGAAAGCAUCUCUACGCAAGAAAUGCAAGAUACUGGAGUUCAGGUCGUAACCCAUAAGGGUCGAAUUCCAGCCGCAUAUUGGAUUGGGGUCGCUGGUGAUAGAGACGUCUUGAUCUGUGGACCUGGCGGCUUUGGUGAUUCUGUGCAGGAAGGGUUGAGAGCUGCCGGGGUGCCUUCUAGUAGAGUUCAAAGAGAAGGAUUCUACUGA